CAAAAUCAGCAAAUUCACACGAAGCUGAUUCCAGCCUCGACGACCAUGGAUGCCACAGCCACCAACGCCACAUCCGCCCGGGACGCACGCCGGGGCCCCGGGGACCGCGAAGCACCGCUCAAAUAUGCAAUCACUAUGAGGCCGGACCAGCCUGAGGAAAUCGCCUUCUAUCAACGACUUGAGGAUGGAUCUAGAUGGCUCGAGAUUCCGCCGAACGCUACAUUUGAGCGAAAGACUUGGAACAUUGGUCUUGCAAUCAAUCAUCACGGGACCACCGAUACCUUGAAUUCGGCUGCCUUUGGGGCAGCUACCCAUUGGGGGGUGUUUAUCUGCCCCGUCAAGGCAGAUAAUGAGGAAAAUCCAUAUCAUGUAUUCGGAUUGAACUUCAGAGACGCUGCGAGACAGGAGUUCAUCCUUGGCCAAAAGUGGCAGACUGCAGGUCGAGAGUUUCAGACCAAGGUCGACCGUUCAGAUUUCGACACAAAAGAGGAGUAUAACAUGCGAGUAGUGUGCAGCUUUGAGGAGUUUGUCCUGACUGCUCAAAGAGUACUCCAAGAGUUUCAAACGAGCGACAGGGUCUCGAUGGAAGGAACGUCACGAGGCGGCUACGCCUACAGUUUGUUCUUCAACAACUGUCAGAACUUUGCCUUGGGGUUAUUGAAAGAAAUCAAGGACAGUGGAUGGGAGUCUAGACACCAAAGCUGGAAUUCGCGUUUCAAGCUCGCAGACCUAGCGUCGACGUUGUUGCGUUCUCGCGAAGAUUUGCGCAAUCGUUCCCUGGACUACGAGGGCGACCUCAGGACCCGAGGGGGCGAUGAUGAGUCUUUCACACGUUGGGCUCGGGGGUAUUAG